CCGCUGCCGCCGCCGUCGCCGCGCAAAGCCGGAGCAGGAGCCACGGCCGAGAGGAGGGAGGAGGAGGAGGAGGAGGUGGAGGAGGCGCUGGACCGGGGGGUAUUCGAUUUUAUCUCAGGUAUUGGCUUGUCAGCUAUGCCUCUUCUCCCCCCUCCCACCCCCCACUCCGGGGUUUACAGUGUGCAUCUUUAACAUAUAAUUAACCUUCAAAUAAUAUCAUACUGCUACUAGAUAUAAGAUUGUCAGUAUUUAAAAAGACCACAUCAUGCGUGAGUACAAGCUAGUGGUCCUUGGUUCAGGAGGCGUGGGGAAGUCUGCUCUGACAGUUCAAUUUGUUCAGGGAAUUUUUGUUGAAAAAUAUGACCCAACGAUAGAAGAUUCCUACAGAAAGCAAGUUGAAGUAGACUGCCAACAGUGUAUGCUCGAAAUCCUGGAUACAGCAGGAACAGAGCAAUUUACAGCGAUGAGGGAUUUGUAUAUGAAGAAUGGCCAAGGAUUUGCACUAGUAUAUUCUAUUACAGCUCAGUCCACAUUUAAUGACUUACAAGACCUGAGGGAACAGAUUUUACGGGUUAAGGACACAGAAGAUGUUCCAAUGAUUUUGGUUGGCAAUAAAUGUGACCUGGAAGAUGAGCGAGUAGUUGGCAAAGAACAGGGUCAGAAUUUAGCAAGACAGUGGUGUAACUGUGCCUUUUUAGAAUCUUCUGCAAAGUCAAAGAUCAACGUUAAUGAGAUAUUUUAUGACCUGGUCAGACAGAUAAAUAGAAAAACACCAGUGGAAAAGAAGAAGCCUAAAAAGAAAUCAUGUCUGCUGCUUUAGACCCACAGUAAGCAGCAGCUCUGAGCCAGAUUACAGGAAUGAAGAACUGUUGCCUAAUUGGAAAGUGCCAGCAUUCCAGACUUCAAAAAAUAAAUCUGAAGAGGCUUCUCCUGUUUUAUAUAUUAUGUGAAGAAUUUAGAUCUUAUAUUGGUUUGCACAAGUUCCCUGGAGAAAAGAAUUGCUCUGUGUAUAUCUCUUGGAAAAUAAGACAAUAGUAUUUCUCCUUUGCAAUAGCAGUUAUAACAGAUGUGAAAAUAAAUAUACUUGACUCUAAUAUGAUUAUACAAAAGAGCAUGGAUGCAUUUCAAAUGUUAGAUAUUGCUACUAUAAUCAAAUGAUUUCAUAUUGACCUUUUUAUCAUGUUUCCUCCCUGUCAAGCACUAAAAAGUUGAACCAUUAUACUUUAUAUCUGUAAUGAUAUAGAUUAUGAAAAUUUCCCCUCAAACUCAUUGCAGCAGAUAACUUUUUUGAGUCAUUGACUUCAUUUUAUAUUUAAAAAAAUAUGAAAUAUCAUUCUGUCAUUAUAUUCUAAUUAAAAUUGUUUGUGCAUAAUGCUUUGGAAAAAUGGGUCUUUUAUAGGGAAAAAACUGGGAUAACUGAUUUCUAUGGCUUUCAAAGCUAAAAUAUAUAAUAUACUAAACCAACUCUAAUAUUGCUUCUUGUGUUUUACUGUCAGAUUAAAUUACAGCUUUUAUGGAUGAUUAAAUUUUAGUACAUUU